AUUCAACAAGAAGAAGAAAUUACAUUCCCUAAUUAUUUCAGAGUUUUUUCAUACCGAUGCCAAGUUCAAACCAUGCACAUAUGGUGAUAAGGAAAUUUUCAUGCUUGGGGCUUACAGUGCCGGUGUAGACUACUCAUUGGACCCUGAGGCUGCUGUGAUCAUAGGCCCAAUCAGAGAGUCAACAAAUAAGAAGUUUAACUCCAUUUGCUCAGCUCAAAUGGGCCAUACCAAUGGCCGUGGCAAACUGCUGUGGUCCAAUGGUGGGUUACAAGUGUGUAAGAACCCAAACUUUGCCAAGGAUGACUUUGAAAAAGAUGUUAAAUUCAUGAGUAAUAAUUAUGGUACA